UAAAACAAAAUCACCAAAACAAAACUCAAACUUCGCUGGAUGCUUCGUUUCACUGGAUGCUUCGUUAGCCAAAGCAGUUUCAGCAUUUUUUUUCUGUUUAUUUAAUGAAAUUUGGAGUCUUUUAAUUAUUGAGGUUGAAUCCGAAAUCCCAUAUCAGAAAUGGCUACACCAUUUUUUGCUGGGCUUGCGGUUGCUGCAGCAGCUCUUGCUAGUAGAUAUGGAAUCCAUGUUUGGCAAGCAUUUAAGGCGAAACCACCGAAACCUAGGAUACGAAAAUUUUACGAUGGUGGUUUUCAACCUACAAUGACGAGAAGAGAAGCUGCAUUGAUACUCGGUGUUCGGGAGAAUGCUAUUCUGGACAAGGUCAAGGAAGCACAUAGGAAAGUAAUGGUUGCGAACCAUCCCGAUAGAGGUGGUAGCCAUUACCUCGCCUCGAAAAUCAACGAAGCUAAAGAUGUGAUGCUUGGGAAGACAAAGGGCAGUGGAUCUGCAUUCUAAAUCCUAAAUGGCUUUUGAAUUUCAACAAUCUGCAAGAAGUAAGACCCUUUUCAUUGGCCUUCAAAACUAUCUUCUUUAUAGACAGUUUAACCUUGCCAAUGCUUUAGCUCCACUAUUUCCCCCCCGAAAUCAUAGAUCUAGAUUAUAGCUCCUGUUUUAAAUUCCUAGUCCACUAGCUGAUCCAUUGUAGGGAGUUUCCGUUGAUGCCUAGCUGAAUUUAGUUUGUAAGGAAAUUGUUGUCAAGAUAUUGUAUGGUUAAUCUGCAACAAUUUUUCAAGAUUUUUCUUGAGCUUUAGUGGAAUGGAAUUUGAGUCCGUCGGUGUUUCAAGAUUCUUCUAUGGGAACGAAACUAUCA